AAUGGUUAUCGACUUUAGAGUUUAGACUUUAGACAGCUACUAGGGGUUGAGAAGAAGAAAGGCUUCGAUGUGGCUCAGCUGCUCUAUCGGGGAAUUGCUUCCAUCGUCUGCUGUUUUGAUGGCUUGAAAUCCUAGGCUACAUUUCGAGAGAUCUAUGGAGGAGGAUCCGGCCUGCUGCGUUUUGGCCGGGGGCGCCAUGUCCAAACUUGCCGCGAAGCUCGAUGGGCUCCUGAUCAGAAGUCAAGGGCGUCGACGUCACUUGGCAAUUCCCUGGGAAGUAAAGAACGUGUUGAUACCUCGCAUCAAGCAAAAUCUGGAAAGCAUGAUGGCAAUCAUCCAAGACGACGGCGACAAUUACUCGUCAAGAGAAGUGAUCAGAUGCUUGACGAAGGAGAUGCGUGAGCUGUCGUACGACAUCCACGACUGCAUCGACGAGCACGCCGCCGGUCCGGCCAGAGAUCAUGCCACUCGGCUUCUCUGGAGGAUGGAGCGGCACGUACGCGUGGCCAAGGGCAACGACAAGAGACGACGAUCCACGGUACUAGCUCGUCGCCGUACCAGCAGCAAGCCAGUAACUUCCUGGCUCUCCGAGAGGCUCAAGGGUCGUCUAUGGUUGCUCGACAAGAUGAGAGAAUUCACCGCGCGCUCGGAGGAGGCGCUGCGUCGGUACAACUCUUUUAACCACCCUCUCAAGAAACAAAGAAAUGACGACAACCAUGGCGGCAGUAGCACCAGCGCUAGUGCUGCUAGAUCUGGUGAGUCUUUCGGCUCUUGGAGUCCCCUGCCAUAUACCCACGUCCUCCACCGGCGUGUUGGUGUCCAUGAUCUCGCUAUGAACACGCUCAAAGCGUGGCUCACGGAUGGAGAUGGCCCAAGCCUCAAGGUGGUAUCCAUGGUUGGAUGUGGAGGGGUUGGUAAGACCACGCUUGCCAGCGAGUUAUACCGUGGAAUUGGAGGGCAGUUUCAAUGCCGGGCGUUUGCGCGGACGUCCCGGAAGCCUGAUAUCAGGAGGCUUCUCAUCAGCAUUCUUUCUCAAAUUCGUCCACGACAGCCCCCUGUUAAUUGGGAAGUACAAAAUCUAAUUGGCGAUAUAAGGACACAUCUGCAAGAUAAGAGGUACUUGAUUGUAAUUGAUGAUGUAUGGGCCAUUUCAACGUGGGAUAUUGUUAGCCGUGCUUUUCCGGAUGGCAAUCAUUGCAGUAGAAUACUGAUAACGUCAGAACUUGAAGACAUUGCUCGAAAAUGCUGUGGUUAUGAACCCCAGAAUGUUUACAAGAUGAAACCCCUCAGUGAGGAUGAUUCAAGAAAGUUAUUUUACAGUAUAGUUACUUGCUCUCAAGAACUCAAUGUGGUUUCAAGCAGUAUCAUUAGAAAAUGCGGUGGUCUGCCUGUCGCAAUUGUUACUAUUGCCAGCCUCUUAGCAAGUCGGAUGGGAAAAACAGAGCAGAGGGAGUAUGUGGAGUAUGUUGAUAAAUCCUUGGGUUAUGGCUUGAUGACAAAUCUUACUUUGGAAGGGCUGAAACAAGUGGUCAACCUUAGUUACAGAAAUCUUCCUCAACAUUUGAAGGCAUGCAUGCUUUAUCUCUGUAUUUUUUCGGAGGACUACAUAAUUUGGACGGAUGAUUUGGUAAAGCAAUGGGUAGCUGAAGGCUUUAUCUGUGCAAGUGAAGAAAAAGAUGAGGAGGAAAUCUCAAGGAGCUACUUUGAAGAGCUUAUCAGUAGCAGACUGAUCCAUCCUAUUCAAAUAGAUGGUAAUGGUAAAAUUUUGUCCUGCACCAUGCACCACAUGAUGCGUAAGCAUAUUAUGCACGAGUCCAUAGUUGAGAAUUUCGUCGCUGCAGUAGAUUAUUCUCAGACAGCCACAAGAUUUGCUCACAAGGUUCGUCGGCUGUGCCUUGACUUUGGUAAUGCAGAAGAUGCGACUCUAUCCACAAACAGGAGAUUAUCACAAGUUCGAACACUUGCUUUUUUUGGGGCCUUCAAGUGUGUGCCUUCCAUUACGGAGUUCCGGCUUCUUCACGUUCUUAUCCUGCACUUUUGGGGUGAGCAAGAGAGUAUCAGGUUUGAUCUCACUAGCAUUUCGGAGAUUUUUCGGCUGAGAUAUUUGCAGGUCACAUGCAAUGUCAAAUUAGAGAUACAACAAAUGCAGAUGCUACAACGUCUGUCAUGUUUGGAGACACUGAAAAUAGAAGCUGCGAGAGGAAGUACAACCGAAUUGGUCAUCUUAAAUUUUCCACGCUUGUUGCACCUCAGACUUCCUGCCGAGACAAAUAUUUUCAGUUGGAUUGGCGACAUGACAUCUCUACGUGCACUCGGACAUUUUAAUCUCAGUAAUAACACAAUAGCUAAAGUACGGGACAUUGGCGAGCUGACAAAUCUCCAGGAUCUUCAGCUUACCUGUACACCAGUGGGUCCUUCUUAUUAUCUGGGGAAGCAAAUGGAAUGUUUAAGCUCGGUUCUGGGGAAACUAAACAUUCUGAAGUGUCUAACUCUGAAAAGUUCAAGAGACCUUGGUCUUCAACUUUCAAGGAUGAGCAUUUCCUGUGAUGUGCUGAGCAGCGUAUCCUCUCCUCCAGCACUUCUCCAGAGACUUGAGUGGUUACCGCGCGUCUGUACCUUCUCCUGCCUACCAGAGUGGAUUGGGCAUUUGGGCAAUCUCUGCAUUUUAAAGAUUGGGGUUAAUGAACUAGUGAGGAAUGACGUUAAUCUUCUCAAAGGAUUGCCUGCACUCACUUAUCUGUCGUUGUAUGUCCGCACAAAGCCUGCAGAAAUUAUUGUCUUCAAUAAGGGAGGGUUCCUGGUUCUCAAGUACUUCAGAUUCAUGUCCAGUGUACCUUGUCUGAAGUUUGAGGCGGACGUAAUGCCUAAUCUCCAGAAACUCAAGCUAGGUUUUGAUGCACAUGGAGCAAUUCAAUACGGUCAUAUCCGGGCUGGCCUCGAUCACUUGUCAAGUCUUGAGGAGUUCUCUGCAAAAAUUGGGCCGAAGUUUGAGGCGGACGUAACGCCUUAUCUCCAGCAACUCAAGCUACGUUUUGGUGCACAUGGAGCAAUUCAAUACGGUCCUAUACCUGCUGGACUCGAUCACUUGUCAGGUCUUAAGGAGAUCUCUGCAAAAAUUGGGGGUGCCAGUGCCAAUGAACCAGUUAGAAGGAUUGUCGAGUCAGCGUUGAGUGAUGCAGUUAGAAUGCAUCCUGGACGUCCUACAGUCAACAUACAGUGUGUAGAUCAGAUGUUCGGUGAUAAGGAUGAUCUGGAGCCCAGGGAAGAAGCUGCCUCCAGUCCCAAGGGUGAUCAAGAAAGCCUUGGUGCAACUGGUACGAGUCAUCUUCGCAGGAGGAAAUCGGAGCCCACGUGCAGCGUGCGGACAAUUACGCUCCUCGACGGCUACAUCUGGAGAAAGUAUGGCCAGAAGAAAGUUCACGGCUCUGAAAACACCCGAAAUUACUACCGGUGCACGCAAAAGCCUGGUCAGGGCUGCACCGCCAUAAGGACGGUGCAGGUCUCGGAUGAGGAACCGCAGUUCUUCAAUAUCACAUACUAUGGAGUCCACAGCUGCGUUGAACCCACUAUUCGGCGGCCUGAACUGCAACGUGGCUCCGGCCCCCUGGCCGUGGGUAUCAAAGCCGCCGAGGAGAGUGUUGCGGCCAGCAGCAGCUUUCCGGGCUCAUCCUCCGUCACCAACCCAGCGACGCCGGAAAGCCAGAUUACCUACAAGACGCAGACAUCGGUCGGCCAGCCUGAACGCACUUUCGAGAAUGUCAACUAUUGUUUCCCCCUUCAAUUCGAGAAUAUGCAGGAUGUCUGGACGGACGAUAUUGGCUUCGGUUUCGGUGAUAACUCCAGCGAUUCUGAAUCCGACCAAAUACUAUACGGACGCCGGCCGCAGGACGAAUACAAGGAAGAAACUCCUGCAAAAGAGGGCUAGGAAGCUGUCUCAGGUGGCACUUGAGGAGUUGCGGUCAUGGCUGGGCUCAUGGUGUUCAGACACUCUUGCAAUUAUGUUGUUACGUCGCCACUUCUUAACCGCCUGAGAAUCCGCAGAUAUACUGGCUUCGCUAGACAGCGUUUCGAUGCUCUAAUUAUUAAUGCAGACAUCUAGUAAGUUCUAUUGUAUUCUUAUGUAGUGUGCUUCAGUAGAUGUAGUCGUCUGAUGUCUCUGUUGCUUCACUAGAUGUAGUCGUCUGAUGUCUCUGUUGUGAAGACCGGGACCGGGGAGAUUUCAUUGUCUCUGGUUUGUUACCUGAUGAUGCGAUGAGCUGCCUUGACACACUCCAGUUAUGCAAUGAAACUGGGGACCAAGUGGUCGUUGAAUCCAAAAAUGAAUACCAAGCCUGGCUUGUCUCUUUACUUUUACUAGCUAGCGAUGUGCCUAGCACUUUUUUUUACUACUACAUUUACUUUUUUCUUGUGAAUGAAGCAAUCACAAAUUCACAAUGUGAUAUUGUAUAAAUUGCAUACCUGAUGUGUAAAUCGGCAAAUUGUA